AUGGGUCUGUGCUACAGCCUGCGGCCGCUGCUCUUCGGGGGCCCGGAGGCCGGCCCGCCCGGCCCGGCCCCGGCCCCAGCCCCAGCAUCGGUCCCGGCCCCAGCAUCGGUCCCGGCCCCGGCCCGGACCCCGCCCCCUCCGAGCGCCAGCGGGGGCCCAGGGUGCGCGCUCCCCAAGGCCGCCCCGAAGAAGGAGUGGCGGCGGCGCCCGGACCCGCAGCGCGCCGAGGAGCGCGAAGCCGAGCGGGAGGCGAGGAAAGUCAGCAGGAGCAUCGACCGCAUGCUCCGCGAGCAGAAGCGCGACCUGCAGCAGACGCACCGGCUGCUGCUGCUGGGGGCUGGUGAGUCUGGGAAAAGCACGAUCGUCAAGCAGAUGCGGAUCCUGCACGUCAAUGGAUUUAACCCCGAGGAGAAGAAGCAGAAAAUCCUGGACAUCCGGAAAAACGUUAAAGAUGCUAUUGUGACAAUCAUCUCAGCGAUGAGUACCAUAAUACCUCCAGUUCCACUGGCCAACCCAGAAAAUCAAUUUCGAUCAGACUACAUCAAGAGUAUAGCCCCUAUCACCGACUUCGAAUAUUCCCAGGAGUUCUUCGAUCACGUGAAGAAGCUUUGGGAUGAUGAAGGCGUGAAGGCGUGCUUCGAGAGGUCAAACGAAUACCAGCUGAUCGACUGCGCACAAUACUUCCUGGAGAGAAUCGACAGCGUCAGCCUGGUGGACUACACCCCCACGGACCAGGACCUUCUCAGAUGCAGAGUUCUGACAUCAGGGAUUUUUGAGACACGAUUCCAAGUGGACAAAGUAAACUUCCACAUGUUUGAUGUCGGUGGCCAGAGGGACGAGAGAAGAAAGUGGAUCCAGUGCUUUAACGACGUCACCGCCAUCAUUUACGUGGCAGCCUGCAGCAGCUACAACAUGGUGAUCCGGGAAGAUAACAACACCAACCGGCUGAGAGAGUCCCUGGACCUUUUCGAAAGCAUCUGGAACAACAGGUGGCUGCGGACCAUUUCCAUCAUCUUGUUCUUGAACAAACAAGAUAUGCUGGCGGAGAAAGUCUUGGCGGGGAAGUCAAAAAUUGAGGAUUAUUUCCCAGAGUAUGCAAACUAUACUGUCCCUGAAGAUGCGACACCAGAUGCAGGAGAAGAUCCCAAAGUUACAAGAGCCAAGUUCUUCAUACGGGAUCUGUUUCUGAGGAUCAGCACGGCCACCGGGGACGGCAAGCACUACUGCUACCCGCACUUCACCUGCGCCGUGGACACGGAGAACAUCCGCAGGGUCUUCAACGACUGCCGCGACAUCAUCCAGCGGAUGCACCUCAAGCAGUACGAACUCUUGUGA